GUUAUAUAUAUAUUCGGCUAAAGCUUUAGUAAAUGACUUAUUGAAUGAUAACUUAAGUUAUUUUUUUAAACAAGAUGAUUUGAUAUGUGAAUAUACAUAAGCUUAAUAAUAGGUGUACUUUUCAUUAGUAUAUGUGUUUUUUCCGGCAAUACCUCAUAAUUCCAUUCUGGCGACUAAUACGGGUUAGGAGUGUUACAAUAAAUUACAUGGUUAAAAGAUUUUCCAAAACACGGUAAAUAAUGAGUUUUUUAGGGAAAAUUUCUUACUGAUUUUUAAUCCGCAAGAAAUUUUCCAGAAAAUCUUCCUCCACUCUCACCAUAUUCUUUCUCCUUCUUCCGUUCUUCAUCUAGUUCUCUUCUUCAUUCGUUCUAUUGCCUCAUACAGAAGGACCUUUAACAACGGCUUGUCUUCCAUAAUCCUCAACUCCAAGAUCCUCUUCCAUAAUCCUCAACUCCUUGAAUUGGCUUAAGUUGUAGUUCAGGGUUCGUAUAUACAAAUAAUUCUUUUGGGCUGUGCUUACUCAUUUCUUGAAGGGUCUUUUUCUUUUGUUUGUUUGUUAAAUUUUUGUUAUUUUUUAUUAUAUUUAUUUGACACUAUGGAUGCAGGAUCUUUGAAUCCUUUUUUUCAAAAUUGAGGGGACUAUCUAGAUGCCCACUUCAGGAACAGAUUAUCCAGAGAAUAAAUUCUAAAGAAAAUAUAAGUAUCUCAACUUAAUACUUUUUUGUUUAAUUAUUGCAAAACAGGGUUUUCUUGCCCUUGAUUUACAUAGGUUUUCAAUUUCACAAAGGGAUAUGAGUAAAUCUUGGUCUUGAAUGAUUUUAAGAAACACGUUUGUUUAAAUUAAGACUUCAAUUUUACAGCUUGAUAAAUUAGACUUUGUGAUAACAUGCAAUUUGAAUGCUUUCUUGUCCUUGAUUUAUAUGGUUUUCCAAUCACACAAAAGAAUAUAAGUAAAUAGUAAUGAAACCUUGGGUCUUAAAUUUUGAUUCUAGGAAACAGAUUUGUUUAAAUAAGACUUCAAUUUUACAGCAUGAUAAAUUAGAUUUUGUGAUGACAUUCACAUGAAUGCUUUCUUGUCCUUUAUUUAUAUGAUUUUCCAAUUUCACAAUGGAAUAUACGUAAAUAGUAAUGAAACCUUGGUCUUAAAAUUUUAUUUUAGGAAACUGAUUUGCUUAAGAUUAUAUCUUGAUAAAUUACACUUUGUAAUGACAUUCAAAUUGGAUGUUUUCUUUGUACUGGCAGCUCGAUAGAUUCAUACCAAAUCGUUCAGUAAUGGACUAUGAUUAUGCACAUUACAUGCUGACUGAAGGGAGGAAGAUCAAAGAGAACCAAAUAGUUUUCUCACCAACCAGGGACGCCUAUAGGAUGCAGCUAGCUGAGGCCUUGAACAUGAAUAGGACUCGAAUCUUGGCUUUCAAGAACAAGCCACCAACACCUGUUGAACUCUUCCCUUCCGGCCACACAACUUCUUUUGCUCACCCAGAGAAACAUUUGAAACCCCGAAGACACAUUCCCCAGAGCCCUGAGAGAACAUUGGAUGCUCUUGACCUUAUGGAUGACUUUUACUUGAAUUUAUUGGACUGGGGUAGCAGCAAUGUUCUUGUAAUAACACUUGGAAACACUGUUUAUUUUUGGGAUGCUUCAGAUAGUUCUACCUCAAAACUUGUUACCAUUGAUGAUGACAAUGGCCCGGUAACAAGUGUGAGUUGGGCUCUUGAUGGUCGGCAUAUUGCCAUUGGCUUGAACAAAUCUGAAGUACAGUUACAGGAUUCUGCUUCAAACAGACAGUUGCGCACUCUGAGAGGUUGUCACUGAUCAAGAGUGGGUUCAAUGGUAUGGAACAGUCACAUUCUUACAACUGGAGGAAUGGAUGGUAUGUAGUUAACAAUGAUGUAAGGAAUUAGAUCCCAUGUUGUUAAAGCCUACAAAGGACAUCGACAAGAAGCUUGUGGGCUGAAAUGGUCAGCUUCUGGACAACAACUGGCCAGUGGAGGCAAUGAUAAUCUUGUUCACAUAUGGGAUAUGUCCAAGGCAUCUUCAAAUUCACCGACACAAUGGAUACACAGGCUAGAGGAUCAUACAUAUGAGAUAUGAGAUAUGUCCAAGGCACAAGAGUUGGCAAAAGAGAAAGCUGAUAUUGCAAUCAAGAGUCUCCAAUGUCUUCCACAAAGUGAUUUCCGGUUAGGGCUUGAAGAUACGGUGAUGUUUAAUCUAGAAAGGAUUGAUUAGUUUAACUAAUCCAAAACAAGCAGCAUCAUACAUGACAGAUAAACAUGGCAUGAAGUUGAAGCCAGUACCAAUAUAGAACAGCUUUCUUAGGAUAUUAAUUGGUUCCUUGUGACUGGUUGUAUAUUUAUACAAGGAUUUGAGCUUUGACUUGAGCUCCUAGUUUCAAUGUUUUCAAAUUAUACAUUUGUUUAGAAAAAAUAAUUUCUCUGUUAAAUUAAAUUGAUGAACAAUAAAGUUUUUGUGGUCAUCAAUAUUAAGCUAAUAAACUUCCAUUAUGUAUACAAGGAAAA